CAAAAUUCUCCUCCGCAUUCACUUAUUGGAUCGUUAGUACGACCAUACCUUAUCAGUUUCCCCGAUCCUAGGUGCACAUCAUCUGCCGCCUCCUAUCAGUAUGUCAAUUGCUCGUGCAUUUUUCCACCAUGCCCCAUUCAAUAAAUACCCUCUACCCCAUACUUUCACCCCGGUCUUCACAUCUCUACCAUCACUUGCACCUUUGCGUAUUGUUCGGAAGAUUUGGGAUCACAGCCAGCCAAGAUGGGAAUGCUAAGUAUAGGUCGUUUUCUCAGCCGGCCUUAUCCACACAACCGUGACGGCCCUACGAUUUUCUCGUUCGAACAGAGACUCAUGAUGGAGGAAGGCAGUGGAUCCUCCGACUUCAGAAAGACAGAGUCGCUAGUCAGCGGUGACUCUCCUACCCUUCAGGCCGCGAUGGCCGAAGAGCUAUCCGACGCGGACGAAGCUCCAGGAACCCCCGAUACCUUCUACUCACCGCCAGCUUCACCUGGUCGACUUUCGCGCAACCCCUCCUUCUCCUAUCAUGAUGACUGGGAAACGUUUCCGGCGCUGGACCAGCUCAGUGUCUUCGAUCUGCUUGACAAUUUCUCUCUAUCCCAGAGGCUGGAGAAGCUGCAGCAAGCUUUGAAUGCACAGAAGGCGAAGGUUCAGAAGCAGCGCGAGAAACUCAAGUCAUCCUCUCUGAACGCUAAGGAACGCGUUGUGGACGAAUGGAAAAGAAGGGUUCCGACAGCCGAUGAGCGGCUUGACAAGUAUCGUCGGCGCAUGAAGAAUGGUGUGGAGAGACUGGGCAAGCAAUGGAACGCAACCGCAACUGUGACCCUUCGCGAAAAGAUCUCCUUCAUAGCCGGUGUCCUCAAUAUCUUUGUCAGUGGCUAUCUUCUCGGAGGGUGGCCAGAGUGGUUCUACAUCUGGUUCAGCGCACAGUUGGCCUAUUUCAUGCCUAUUCGGUACUAUGGUUACCAUAAGCGAGGCUACCAUUACUUUCUCGCCGAUUUGUGCUACUUUGUCAAUAUGCUCUGCAUGCUGAGCAUCUGGGUCUUCCCCGGCUCAAAGCGACUGUUUAUCAGCACCUUCUGUCUGACGUUUGGCAAUAAUGCGGUUGCUAUUGCCAUGUGGCGGAACUCUAUGGUAUUCCACAGUAUGGACAAGGUAGUCAGUCUGUUCAUCCAUAUAAUGCCACCGGUGACUCUGCAUUGUCUGGUCCACUUGACAUCUGCCGCUACUUUGAAAGCAAGAUUCCCGGCUAUCUAUGCCAUCAAGUUCAGCGAGCCCGGAUCUCCAGACCAUUUCACACUCCUCGAAAUGAUGGGAUGGGCAACUGUACCAUACAUGAUCUGGCAAGCUGCCUAUCACUGCUUUAUCACGGUCCGACGCGCGGAGAAGAUUGCUGCCGGGCGCCCGACCAGCUUUACCUGGCUCCGCAAGUCCUAUGCAAAGACCUGGUUAGGCAAAUUCGUCCUGAGCCUCCCUGAAUCACUGCAAGCCCCCGCUUUCAUGCUGAUUCAAUAUUUCUACGCGAUUCUAACGAUGAUCCCGUGCCCUCUUUGGUUUUGGUCUCGGUGGGCCAGUGGAGCUUUCCUCACCGCUCUCUUCAUUCUUAGUGUGCACAACGGUGCCACAUAUUACAUUGACAUCUUUGGCAAGCGCUUCCAGAAAGAGCUGGAGGAACUCAAGAAAGAUGUAGCUCGGUGGCAUUCGUCUCCCGAGGGAGCAAUCAGCCCAAUGCUGCUACCGUCUGAUCAGGGCGCAUCUUCUGCCGAUAAGGCCCACGUCGAGUCGACUACCGCCGGAAGCGCUGAGCCCAGCAAGGCUAGCAUUGAUGCAAUCCCUCUUCUGGAUGCCCCUGCGGCUUCUACUGGCGUUGAGAGCGCUGCAGUUCCCAGCACCGACUCCACUGUGCGGGAACGAUCGUGAUUCUUCUAUCUAUGCGAAGGGUUUACUUUUUACUCUAUGGUCUUGGUGGUUUUACUUGCACAUUCUCUGGGGCUGUGAUCGCAUUUUGAAUGGCUCCAACACGAUACCCAACUCGAUAGUCGUUCCUUCCCUUUCUACACUUGGAGCAAUGCUGGAUUAGCCUGAUUUUAGUUGACUAUGUAGUUAGUUAUGCGUCUUGAUAUAGCCAUUAGAUAGAGUGGAAGUUGUUCUUAU